AUGCACGCAAGUUCUCUUUGUUACAGCAAGGUGGCCGUGCUCGGUGCGGCUGGUGGUAUUGGCCAGCCACUUUCGCUUCUCAUGAAGAACAGCCCUCUGGUGUCUGCACUCAGCUGCUACGACGUUCGCGGGGCGCCGGGCGUUGCUGCCGACCUCUCGCAUAUUUGUUCCCCCGCCAAAGUGACGGGGUAUGCAAAGGAGGAUAUCAACAAGGCGCUUGACGGUGCCGAGCUUGUCAUUAUUCCGGCUGGUGUGCCGCGAAAGCCAGGUAUGAGCCGUGACGAUCUCUUCAACACGAACGCCUCCAUUGUGCGCGACCUCGUGGCAUCAUGCGCCAAGGUGUGCCCCAAGGCCAUCAUCGGCAUCAUUUCGAACCCUGUCAAUAGCACGGUUCCCAUCGCCGCAGAGACGCUCAAGAAGGCUGGUGUGUUUGAUCCCACGCGGCUUUUUGGUGUGACGACACUCGAUAUUGUGCGCGCCCGGACGUUCGUCGCAGAGGCCGCAGGCAAGAGUCCGUACGACAUCAACGUCCCUGUCCUUGGCGGCCACAGUGGUCCCACGAUUGUACCAUUGCUUUCGCAGGCCGGCGUGCAGCUUUCGGAAAGCCAAGUGAAGGCCAUCACCCACCGCGUUCAAUACGGCGGUGACGAGGUGGUGCAAGCAAAGGACGGUGCUGGCUCUGCCACGCUGUCGAUGGCGUACGCCGGCUCCGAGUGGGCCGUCUCUGUUCUGAAGGCUUUGCGCGGGGACAGCGGUAUUGUGGAGUGCACAUUCAUCCACACCGAUUUGAUGCCAGGGGUGCAGUACUUCAGCUGCCCGGUGGAGUUGGGCAAGAAUGGCGUGGCGAAGGUGCACAAGCCGGUUCUUAACAAGUAUGAAGAGGACCUCAUGGAGAAGUGCCUUGCAGAGCUUGAGAAAAACAUCGCGCGCGGCACAGCUUUUGGCAAGAAUUAA